CAGACGCGCGAGGGCCCGGUGAGAGGAGAGGCUUGCCCGACCGAGUCUGUCGGUUCGUCGACCCAAGCAGACGCUUCACGUCAAAGCGAGCCCGGAACCUGACAACCUCAACUCGACAUCUACACAGCACACAACGCCAGCCGAGUUUGAGUUGGGGGCACGCAAAAGGGUGCAGGUCGCCAUGGCGUCCAAGAUGAGGCCCGAAUCGACCGUCUCGGCCGAGUUCGAGGUCGUCCAGGAGACCCCGAGGUUUCAGCGGGUCUACUGGACCCGAGAACCGCACCUCCGGAAGCUGUAUGGCCUGGCCGUCAUCCUCAUGGUGGCGUCGGCGACAACCGGCUACGACGGCAUGCUUGUCAACACGUCGCAGCAGAUCGACGCCUGGAACAGGUUCUUCUUUCCGCAGCUAGCGGCGAACCCGGAUCUCAAGGACCCCGUUGUCGACAGCAAGCUCGCCAUCCUCGUCAACAUGUUCAACAUUGGCUCCAUCGUGUCCUUUUUUAUCACGCCCUUCGUCGCCGACCACUUCGGCCGGAAAGCAGCCAUCAUUUCCGGCUGCGUCUGCAUGGUCGUCGGCGGCUUCCUAACGGGGUUUGCUACCGGCUACGGAAUGUUCAUGGGCGGCCGUUUCAUGCUCGGCUUCGGCAACUCGCUCGCCCAGAUGGCGUCCCCGCUGCUGCUGACCGAGAUCUGCCACCCCCAGCACCGCGGGCCCGUCACCGCCAUCUACAACUGCCUAUGGAACGCCGGCGCCCUGUUAGUGUCGUGCAUCGCCUGGGGCACGGCCAACAUCAAGUCGGACUGGUCGUGGCGGUCCAUCACGCUCAUUCAGGUGGUGCCGUCCGUCAUCCAGCUGUGCGGCAUCUGGUGGAUCCCCGAGUCGCCCCGGUACCUGAUCCACAAGGAGCGCCACCAGGAGGCGCUGCACAUCCUGACCAAGUGGCACGCCGGCGGGAACCCGCACAACGCCACCGUGCAGUUCGAGUUCCGCGAGAUCCGGGAGACCAUCCGCAUCCAGAAGGAGACGGAGCGGUCCACCAGCUACCGCGACUUCCUCCGCACCCGCGGCAACCGCUGGCGCCUGGCCAUCAUCGUGUCCCUGGGCAUCAUCUCGCAGUACAGCGGCAACGCGCUCUUCUCCAACUACAUGAACGCCAUCUACGAGGGCGCCGGCAUCUCCAACCAGAACCAGAAGCUCGCCAUGUCGACGGGCAAGACCAUCCUCGACCUCAUCGUCACCGUCGCCGCUGCCCUCAACGUCGACCGCUUCGGCCGCCGGCCCCUGUUCCUCGUCUCCACGGUCGGCAUGGUCACGUCCUUUGCCUGCUGGACCGUGACCGGGGCCGUGUACGAGAACUCGGACCAGCUCAAUACCUCUUCGGGCUACGCCCAGCUUGUCUUCAUCUGGCUCUUUGGUGUCUUCUACGACAUCGGCUUCUCUGGCCUGCUGGUCGCCUACGCGCUCGAGAUCCUCCCUUUCCAUUUGCGCGCCAAGGGCAUGAUGGUCAUGAACAUCACCGUCCAGGCCAUGCUGGCCAUCAGCAAUCAAACGAACAAGCUCGCGUGGGAGCGGCUGCCACACCACUGGAACUUCAUGCUCUUCUACACUAUCUGGGACUUGUGCGAGCUCCUCUUUGUAUGGUUUUUCUACGUGGAGACCAAGGGCCCAACGCUGGAGGAGAUUGCCCGCAUCUUCGACGGCGACGGCGCCAUCGCCCACAUCGACAUGCACGACGUGCAGAAGGACAUCUACGCCAUGGAUCACCACCAUGACGAGCUGCCCGGGAGGGCUCUAUGAGAAUAAAUAAAGUUUACGGCCGGUGCGCUCGCUUUGCUUUGAUGUUUUGGAGUUCGGCGCCUGGUAUAUAUAACUGAUGGGGAUUGGGGUGGU